AUGCCUCCGGGGACACCGUACGGCUCGUUUGUUAAGAACUACCGAAUUCGCGUCGACGAUUUCGCUGGGACGACGGAGAAGGUCGCACUGCACCUUCUGUCACACACGCAUACAGACCACUUGACUGGGCUGUCCGCUCAGUCAUUCGGGCAGGUGGUCGUGUGCUCGCAUGAUGCGAAAGAAAUGCUAUUGCGACACGAAGUGCACAACGAGCGCGCUCUGAAGGAUAUGGACUUGCGGGCAGAGAAGAUCAGAACGUUCAAGCACCUGAAGGUAGAACCGAGGAGGUUUCAAGACGGUACGGUCUACUACACAGGCUCAAGGGACCUCCUGAGAGCAGUUCCCUUGAACACACCCACCAAGGUCACACUCAGCGACGAUGAACACAUCGUUGUGACUUUAUUCGAUGCAAAUCACUGCCCAGGCGCAGUCAUGUUCCUCAUUCAAGGCGACAGAGGCACGAUCCUGCACACCGGUGACUUCCGGGCGGAACCGUGGUUCCUGGAGUCGUUAACGAGGAAUCCGCUCCUCCAGCCCUUUCUGGCACUGCCGGACGCAAUGACGGGAGAAGCAACAACAAGAAGGAGGUCGAGCGUGGUCUGUCAGACGCUUGAUGCGAUCCAUCUAGACACCGCAUGUCUCCUAAGUACAAUUAAUGUGCCCGCGAAGGCUGAAGCGACUGCGGGAUUAGUCUCGCUAAUGUCGCUGCUUCCAUCGACGACACUGUUCUUCAUCAAUUCAUGGACCUGGGGUUACGAAGACAUUCUCAAAGCCGUCGCACGCGCGUUCGACAGUCAGAUUCACGUCGACCGCUACAAGCACAGCGUGUAUACGAGUAUCACCGGUGAUGCUUUUCUGAAGCAUAUCAUUACAGCGGAUGCAGGCAGCACGCGGUUCCACGCCUGCGAACGCUUCAACCGGUGCGAACAUGUCAGUGUCGACGGGAAUGGCGGGCGCGCACCCACCGCUGCGGCUAAUGCCGGGCCUAGCCUGAGCAGCGCCGGGAAGCACGUCGUAUACGUCAACCCAGUCACGAUGGGUACCGCGGGGUGGGAGCUGUAUGUGAAGGACACCAGAGAGAAGAUUCAGUCCGGCGAAGUUAUCAACCACUUGCUCGUUCCGCUCUCACGACAUUCCCCUCUUCCCGAGCUGCGAGCUUUUGUGUCCCUGUUCAAGCCCAAGGAGCUCAUUCCCAACACCCUCGACCCGGCGCUCAAGGGCCUCGACUGGGCGUGCAUGCCCGAGAUGUUCUCCGGCUGCCUUUCCUCGGAAAGCUCUACGGCUUUCAGACCUGAAGCAGACUGUUAUAGUGUCGAUAUGCGCGAGAUGGCCCACGAGCUCUUCUCCGACGAAGAUGCUGGGGCAGACGUCGCGCUCAAGAACCUGGAAGGCGACGGCGCGCGUGAACUUGCCGACCGGUGGGCGGAUAGUGGAAAGUUUAGGCGGAAGCUCGCAGUGAUGCAUCAGUACCUCAGAGGGAAGGAUCGCACGGUCGUGGAGCGGAUCAUGGAGGGAGGAAAGGAUGCAGUUCUCGACUCCGAACCACCUUCAUCGGACGCAGAUUUUACCAAGCCGGUUGCCUCUGCGAACGAACAGCAACCUCUCAAACCGAAGCGGACCUUCGUAGGCCGCGCCACGGCUGAGGAGACAGCGCGAGCGAUGGCGCGUUUGCGCUCGAUGCCUCGUAUCUUCACCGAGCCGGGCAGUGACGAAGACACCGAGGAUGAGGACGCCGAAGAGCAGAGAGCAAGGACGGCUCACCAGUUGUUCGCUGCGCAAGCCGGCAUCUACGAUGAUCCAUUCGGGGCCUCUCUCCGAAGUUCAUCGCCGCUCCUGUCCAGUCCGCGGGGUACGCCCAAGAAGCGAGUGAAGAACGAAGGCUCGCCUCAUACUUCAAUUGUUGCCCCCGCUGGACUUCUCGCGACACCCUCGUCAAAGGCCGGCUCGCAAGGUCAUUCGUCGAGGACACCACGACGAACACGCCUUUCCCGACCUGAUGGCCCCGUCCCUCCUGUCUUCCACAAGAAACAUCCUCAUACACCACCAAGCGGUCAACAUAGCGUGUCCGCGAACACGAUGGAACGACGAUCCGUCGAACUAGCCACCCAGAGUCCUCGUAAGCGCAAGGAACCACCUUUGCCUACUUCCCUCACAGAGCCACGCACACCUUCCACAUCUCACAACCGAUAUAAAGCACCAGUGACACCCACUUCUGCAGCUCGGCCCGUAAAGUCGCCUCGACACAGCCCCAAUUCGCCCCUGACGAAUAGACAAAACCUUACCGAUCGCCCGCCUUGUUCAUCUCCGACUCCUACAACCACAGUCAAACGACGUAAGCUAGAGACAUCCGUCGACCACACAAGACUCGCAGCCUGCAGUUCGGUCAAGCCUAAAUCGUACACAGCACUCACUAUAUCUCGGCAACCGACGAAGGACCCACUGCCUGCCCUCUUCCCUGCAGCACCGCAAGUCAAGACCAAUGAUGAAUCGGAAGACGACUCCAGGCAAUUCCGCAAGCUAUCAGCGAAGAGUACGUUCAUGUGUGAGCCUUCCGGCCAGGCGACAUCUAUCAACGACCCGCAAAAGGCAAAGAAGCUAGCAUUGAGGCUUGAACGCGAAAUCACAAAAGAGAAGCUCUUCCAGGCCCGGCCAGACCUUGCGACCAAAAGGUACAUCGUCAAGCGUGAGCGCAGACUGUCUCGUGCACAACGUGAGCCGGGCGAUGUGCGGCAAAUACGUGGGCUACGGUCCGAAGCUACAGCGUGCACCGAAGAGGGCUUGAGCGUCCGUCGGUCUGCCAGCAAGUUGUACACGAGCACAACGCGAGUUUUGAACCAGCUACCAUCGCAAGACCAUGAAGCCGAUGGCGCAGCUCAGAUCAACAGAGAACGCAGCCGUUUACUAGCGGAACAGUUCAAGCAAGAGAUCGCCAAGGGCAAGAGACCCGGCCUGGUCAUUCCGCGAAUGCAAUGCCUUGAAAGUCAAGAGGAGACCUAGCCAACAGUGCACAAGGACGAUUCUCCCAGUAUUGUUAUUCAAUAUGUAUGCCUUAGUAGCGAUCCUACUUACCGGCGCGACCGUAAUGGUAGUACUUACGCAUUCCUGUGGUAAGU